ACCCAUAUUGAACUCUCAAAGCUUGUUGGACCGGGGCGGUUAUACUCAUGGCCGGACCGGACCGCUUGAAUCCAAAUCUCAGAGGCAGAAUACAAAACAAAGUAGUGUCGAGAAGUGGUUAUGCGGCGUUGAAUGCUAACAUGCGCCUCCUCGUCGCCAAACGCCUUUCAGCCGCCGCCGCCGCCGCGGCAGUCGCAAUUCCCCACAGCCGAAGAACUUUGACAACUUGCGCGGGUAUUAUAAAACUCCAUCGGUCGGAUUCCCCUUCAAUUUGUGGCUUUCUGGACUCGCCAUGGUCCGCCACCCAGCUCCGCGGCGCUAGAUUCACAGGCGGCGAUGUAAAGCCAGGAAAUGUUAUUGAAAGACGAGGAAAGAUUUAUGAGGUUAUAAAAGCACAGCAUAGUACCCAAGGAAGGGGAGGAGCUAUAAUACAGGUGGAGCUUCGUGAUGUCAAUGCUGGAAGUAAGGUGAACGAAAGGUUACGCACAGAUGAGCCGGUUGAAAGGAUAUACGCUCAAGAGAAGCCAUUCAAUUACCUUUACACAGAUGAUGAAUCCGGAAAUAUUGUGCUGAUGGAGCCAGAAACGUACGUGCAGUUGGAAGUUCCAAGACACUUAUUUGGUGAAUCUCUUGUUUAUCUUCAAGAUGAUAUGAGAAUAAGUGUUCAGCUCUACAAUGAACAAGCCAUGUCAGUGUCUAUUCCUCAAAAAGUAACAUGCACAGUAGCUGAAGCAUCUGAGGCAUUAAAGGGAAGCGGACCCACACCGUACAAGAGGGUCUUGUUGGAUAAUGGUGUGACUGUUCAGGUCCCCGCCCAUGUUGAAGCUGGAGAUAAAAUUGUGGUCAAUACAACCGACAACUCUUAUGUAGGCAGGGGCUGAGUAAGAAAAUCCUCGUUGAGUUGUGACAUUUUCGAUUCAUUUUCUGGAGAGACAGCUCGAAUCUUGUAAGCUCUAACUUAGCAGUUUUCAAUAAUCUUGGGGGCAAAACACUGCACUGUGUCCAAACACAAUAAUGAUAAAAACUAAUAGAUCCUCCAUACUUUGGGGAGCAGUUUUGGUAAUAAAUAGGCUGCGGCAAACCAGUUGAGGUCGAGGAACUCGGUGUAGAAUUCACGCGGCUUGAGGGUCGUAAGAAUACUUAUUUUUCAUACAAAACAUAAAAUAUUUGGUCGAGGAAUUCACCGAAGAAUCUUGAUCGGUGUGGCUUAUUGUAAGAACGUUCAUUUUUUCAAACAGUAUGCAUAAAAUAUACAAACAGUAUUUGUCUUUAUUAGAA